CAGCAGUGGGAAACAGUAGACAGAUAAGUGCGCGUGAGAGACUGCAGGCAUCUCUGUGAUCUCCGAGCUCAAGGCUCGACUCGGCGCACACAACACUGCGCACUCGGAGGCAUCACAAGCGGAUAGACAAAGAAGGAUCACUGGCGGUGUCAAGGACUGUCUUUUCGGGCUCUUUUGGCCGUUUCAGCCCUCUUCUCUCGGCGCACUUUAAUUGGAGAAGGUCGCCAAGAUGAUGUCCAUGAACAGCAAACAGGCGCACUUCGCCAUGCAUCCCUCGCUACCGGAGCACAAGUACACCACCCUGCAUUCCAGCUCGGAGGCAAUACGGAGAGCCUGUCUACAAACUCCACAGCUGCAAAGCAACAUUUUCGCCAGUUUGGACGAGACGCUCCUUGCCCGGGCUGAGGCUUUGGCGGCAGUGGACAUCGCCGUGUCCCAGGGCAAGACGCACCCAUUCAAGCCCGACGCCACGUACCACACCAUGAGCACCGUACCGUGCUCGUCGACGUCCACGGUGCCACUGGCCCACCACCACCACCAUCAUCACCACCACCAUCACCCGAACCUGGAACCCCCGGACUUAAUGGACCAUAUCAGCUCGCCCUCUCUCGCCCUCAUGUCCAGCGCGCACGACGGUGGCGGAGGUGGCGGCGGCGGUGGAGGAGGCGGCGGAGGGCUCAUCUCCACCUCCUCCGGACCCGGGCACGCGCACGCGCACGCACACUCCCACAUGCACGGCUUGAGCCACCUCUCGCACCAGGCGGCUAUGAGCAUGAACUCGCCUCUCACCCAUCACGGCCUCUUACCGGGUCAUCACGGGGGGGGCCAAGUCGGCCCCGGGCUGACCGGCAGCGGGCUGCCGUCCAUCAAUGACUCGGACACGGACCCCAGGGAGCUAGAGGCCUUCGCGGAGCGCUUCAAGCAGCGGAGGAUCAAACUGGGGGUGACCCAGGCGGAUGUGGGCGGUGCGCUGGCUAAUCUCAAAAUCCCCGGCGUGGGAUCGUUGAGCCAAAGUACAAUUUGUCGGUUCGAGUCGUUGACUCUGUCCCACAACAACAUGAUCGCGCUCAAACCCAUCCUCCAGGCGUGGCUGGAGGAGGCCGAGGGGGCCCAAAGGGAGAAAAUGAGCAAACCGGACAUUUUCAAUGGCGGGGAAAAGAAACGCAAGAGGACCUCGAUAGCUGCUCCGGAGAAAAGAUCCUUGGAGGCCUACUUCGCCGUUCAGCCGCGGCCCUCCUCGGAGAAAAUUGCAGCCAUCGCUGAGAAAUUGGACUUGAAAAAGAACGUGGUGCGAGUGUGGUUUUGCAACCAAAGACAAAAGCAGAAAAGGUUGAAAUUUUCCGCCGCCCACUGAUGCUAGGAGGAAAAAAAAAAAAAAAAAAGACACGAAACAAGUGGCUGAAUUUGGGGACCAAUGGACAGUGACAGAAAACCAUUUUCAGUCUUUUGUCUCCGGCGACCUUAUAAGCCGGUGCGCAAUGGGCUGCAGUCGUUCGAGAAGAGGCUUCUUAUAUAUUCGUUAUUUUUUCACGUUAUCGGUGAAUGUGAAGUAUGCAAAUAUCAGAUUACACCCACCUUGCGCCGUCCCCGUAACAAGGGAAAAAAGUUUAGCGACGUCGACGUUGCCUUUUAAAACAUGCGGGAAAGGGAAAGAUAUAAAGCAAGUUAAUUUCUCCGAACAGGCCUAUUAUUUGAACUAAUAGCCAUUCACAAAUUACCUCAUUGAUUGUCGUAUAAUGUUUUUUUUUUUGUUUGACUUCUGUCGUUGUUAAAAAAAAAAAACCCCACAUGUAUUUAUUUAUUUAUUUAUUUAUUCAUGAGUAUUUUUAUUUAUUUAUUUAUCUCUCUAUUUUCCGAUUGGGAGGCUGCUAUAAUUACAAUUUCGUUGCGAAAUCUUCUGGCUAAACGAAAAUGUAGGCCUGCAUGGAAUUCUAAUUCACAGGCAGCAUUUGAUCCGCUUUAGGCUCUCACGUCUGCUGUGGACAUAUUUAUUUCAAUUUGCACAAAAUACCCUUUAUUUAUUAGAGACGUGUUUUGUAAAUACAAACAUCACUUUAUCACAAGAUUGGAGUUGUGUUAGAAUUAAAAUGAAGGUGGAAACCUUUGGCACCACAAUUCAAGGUUUAAAAAAAAAAAGAAAAAGAAAAAAAAUCAACCAGAGCACGAAAAGCCUUGUCUGCUGAUGAAAACAAAACUGAAAUGUACUUUUUUGUGUUUUAGUUUGCAGUGCAAGCACUCUAUGCAUUGGAAGAGGAAUUAUGAAUAUUCUUUGGUACAGUAGAGCUGUCUACUGCAAUAGUCGAAUUUGCCUUGUGAUGGUGUAAGUCACUGUUAACUGCCUGUUUUCACAUUACGAUCACCACGUUGUUUGUCGUGUUAAAUGUGAAGGAAAACGUUGUUGCUAUGAUUUCUUUUUUAAAACUUUGUGCACAAAUAUGUUUACAGAGCUGGGGCGACGAAUGUGCGUCAUGGAAAUGUCUCUUAAACUCGGCUCUCCUCACAACUUGACCACACACAUUUGUUGUCCCCUUUUCUUUUGCUCUUAUACUUUCAAUUGUAUUUUUCAUCCUGUACGCCAAAUUCAACAGGGAGGUGUGUUCCAGCAAUCUUCUAAUAAAUCGAAAAAUUAA